ACAAGCGACGAGGAGACGACGAGAGGAGGAUCUGCAAAGAGGGAGAGAAAAAAAGCGCUCCCUAUUUUUUUCACCCGCCUCUCUUCGCUCCUCUGCUUAGCAUCACAUAGGGGAGGCAGGACCAGAGGAGAGCAUCUCCUUCUACUACAUUUGUUCUGCAUUGUCAAACGUUUAGUGGAGGAGGACACCUGGUGAAGGAGAAGCCAGGAGUAAGCCUAGAAGGGGCUGGUAAGCGUUGUAGUAUCCCUCCUAUAGAGCCGUUAUAGAGGAGCGAGGAUGCUUAACAACCUAACUGACACAGAAGAGGGGGACGGGGGACCCAACAGCCAGGGUGAUGCGAACCCCAAGGAGAGUAGUCCUUUCAUCAACAGCAGUGAUGCAACGGAGAAGAGCCAGAAAUACGAUGGCAAACAUAUGGCUCUGUUUGAGGAGGAGAUGGAGACUAGUCCCAUGGUAUCAACCAUGAUCAGUAGCCUGGCCAACUACUCCAGUCUCCCCCAGGGCAGCAAGGAGCACGAGGAGGAGGCCGACAAUGAGGAGGAAGACAAAAAGAAGAAGAAACCUGUCAAGGCUCCACAGUUGGGGACCCUGAUGGGGGUGUACCUCCCCUGUAUCCAGAACAUCUUCGGGGUGAUCCUGUUCCUGCGGAUGACCUGGAUGGUCGGCAUCGGAGGAGUCAUUGGCUCCUUCAUCAUCGUCUUCAUGUGUUGUUCUACUACUAUGCUGACUGCAAUCUCCAUGAGUGCCAUUGCCACCAAUGGUGUUGUUCCAGCUGGAGGCUCCUACUACAUGAUCUCCCGUUCUCUGGGGCCUGAGUUUGGGGGUGCCGUGGGCAUUUGUUUCUACCUGGGAACAACGUUUGCUGGAGCCAUGUACAUCCUGGGGUCCAUCGAACUCUUACUGGUCUACAUCCUCCCCCAGGCAGCCAUCUUUAAGAUGGAGGGUCUGGAGGGGGCCGAGGCGGAGGCGGCGAUGCUUAACAACAUGCGUGUGUACGGCACCAUUGUGCUCAGUUUCAUGGCCACGGUGGUGUUUGUGGGGGUCAAGUACGUCAACAAGUUAGCCUUGCUCUUCCUGGCCUGCGUCAUCCUGUCCAUUCUGGCUGUGUAUGCCGGAGUCAUCAAGACGGCCAUCGAGCCACCUGACUUCCCAGUGUGUCUGCUGGGUAAUCGCCCGCUGAUCUCCAAAGGGUUCGACGUGUGCGCCAAAACAUUGGAGAGUGGCAACGGCACGGUCACCACCAAGCUGUGGAGCGUCUUCUGCGACUCGCCCUUCCUCAACGCCACCUGCGACGAGUACUUUGUCAACAACAACGUGUCCUUCAUCCAGGGCAUCCCUGGCGUCAUGAGCGGCAUCCUCAAAGAGAACCUAUUUGGGAAUUACCUGGAGAAGGGGGAUCUGGUGGCUAAGAAGGGGAUUGCGACCGUGGAGGGCCCUGAUGACACUCUGACCAACUCCAACCGUUACGUCCUGGCCGACAUCACCAGCUUCUUCACCCUGCUGGUCGGAAUCUACUUCCCCUCCGUCACAGGGAUCAUGGCCGGAUCAAACCGCUCAGGAGAUCUACGCGACGCUCAGAAGUCCAUCCCCAUCGGCACUAUCAUGGCCAUCACCACUACCUCAAUAGUGUACAUGUCAGCUGUGAUCCUGUUCGGUGCCUGUAUCGAGGGAGUGGUCCUUAGAGACAAGUUUGGGGAGGGCGUCAAUGGCAACCUGGUCAUUGGCACCUUGGCCUGGCCGUCCCCGUGGGUUAUUGUCAUUGGCUCCUUCUUCUCCACCUGUGGGGCGGGGCUUCAGAGCUUGACGGGUGCUCCGCGUCUCAUGCAGGCCAUCUCCAGGGACGGUGUCGUGCCCAUUCUACGGGUGUUUGGCCAUGGGAAAGCCAACGGGGAGCCCACCUGGGCCUUGCUACUGACAGCGGGUAUCUGUGAGAUUGGGAUCCUCAUUGCCUCUCUGGACGCAGUGGCCCCCAUCCUCUCCAUGUUCUUUCUGAUGUGCUACAUGUUUGUGAACCUGGCCUGCGCCUUGCAAACCCUCCUGAGGACGCCGAACUGGAGGCCGCGUUUCAACUACUAUCACUGGGCCCUGUCCUUCCUGGGUAUGAGUCUGUGUCUCUCACUCAUGUUCAUCUGUUCCUGGUUCUACGCCAUCGUCGCCAUGGUGAUCGCUGGCAGUAUCUACAAGUAUAUUGAGUUCCGCGGGGCGGAGAAAGAGUGGGGUGAUGGGAUACGAGGCAUUUCUCUCAGCGCCGCCCGAUACGCUCUGAUGAGACUGGAGGAGGGGCCUCCGCACACCAAGAACUGGAGGCCUCAGCUGCUGGUGUUGGUCAGUACAGACGUGGAGCAGAAUGUGGAGCAGCCUCGUCUGCUCUCCCUGACCAACCAGCUGAAAGCAGGCAAAGGGCUGACCAUCGUGGGCACCGCCUUGGCGGGCACCUAUCUGGAGAACCACCCCCAGGCCCAGCGGGCAGAGCAGUCUCUGCGUAAGCUGAUGGAGACAGAGAAGGUGAAAGGCUUCUGCCAGGUCACCAUCUCGUCCAACAUGCGCGACGCCACCUCCCACCUGCUCCAGGCUAGCGGGCUGGGCGGCCUCAUGCACAACACGGUGCUGGUCAGCUGGCCGCGCAACUGGAAGCAGGCCGAUGACCUACAGACCUGGAGAGAUUUCAUUGAGCUGGUUAGGGAGACCACUGCCGCCCACCUGGCCCUGCUGGUGCCCAAGAACAUCGCUGCCUUCCCUUCCAAUGGAGAGCGCUUCUCCGAGGGCCACAUCGACGUGUGGUGGAUCGUCCACGAUGGAGGCAUGCUGAUGCUGCUUCCCUUCCUUCUGCGGCAGCACAAGGUGUGGAGGAAGUGUAAGAUGCGCAUCUUCACCGUGGCCCAGAUGGACGACAACAGCAUCCAGAUGAAGAAAGACCUGACCACCUUCCUGUAUCACCUGCGUAUCGAUGCCGAGGUUGAAGUGGUGGAAAUGCACGACAGUGACAUCUCGGCCUACACCUAUGAGAAGACCCUGGUGAUGGAACAGCGAUCGCAGAUCCUCAAGCAGAUCAACCUGACCAAGACCGAGCGAGAGAGAGAGAUCCAGAGCAUCACAGACUCAUCCCGCGGAUCCAUCCGACGUAAGAAUCCGGCGGUUGUGACCACCCAGCUGAGUGUGACCGAAGAACAGCCUGGGGUGAGCAGCAAGGUGGAGAAACCAGAGGAAGAGUCUGCCUCUGUCGCUGUGUCCCCUCCCACUCAGGUCCAGCUCAUCCACGACAGCACCAGCCCGACCAGUCCGGCUACCCCUCUGACUCCAGCCUCCGAGGGGGGGGCCCAGACCCCAGGGUCUGCACAGGUCCAGAUGACCUGGACAGAAAAGGCCGACGGCGAGCCGGCCAAGCCGCCUGGCGCCUCCACGCCACAGGGCAUCAAAGACAUUUUCAACAUGAAGCCUGAGUGGGAAAACCUAAAUCAGUCCAAUGUGAGGCGCAUGCACACGGCACUGAGGCUGAAUGGUGUCAUCGUGAAGAAAUCCUCAGAGGCCAAGCUGGUGCUCCUCAAUAUGCCUGGGCCGCCCAAUAACCGGUCUGGAGACGAGAACUACAUGGAGUUCCUGGAGGUCCUGACUGAGGGUCUCAACAGGGUCCUCCUGGUUCGUGGUGGCGGUCGCGAGGUCAUCACCAUCUACUCUUGAGAGAGCAGACCUUUCUCCCCUACGAACCCCUUCAUCUCCCGAACCCCACAUCUAGAAAAAAUACCCCACUUCCAUUUGUGUUUGUAAGACACUCCCCUCACACCCAAGCAAUAGACCAGCUCGCUCUAAAUGAUAUUCUGUUUGCCUAACACACACACACGGUUUAAAUAAGUUCACCCCAUACACCACCCCACCCCUAUGAGCACAAGAAGUUAAAAGAUUUAUAUUGGGUUAAAUAAAAUCUGAAAAUAUGUAUUUUAGCUUGAAAACACGCUGAAAAUACAUAUAUUUUGGGUUGAAAAGAUGCUGAAAAUACCUAUUUGGGGUUGAAAAAAAUGUUUUUAAAAAUAUAUUUUUUAGCAUCUUGUGCUCACUGGAUACAGAGCUACACCUCACUCUUCCAGCCCUUUUCUGGCCCUAUAUGAUGUCAGAGGUAGCUGCUUUUAGCCUCAUAUCAAAUAUAACAGAUGCUCAGAGACUUGGCCUCCCCCUCUCCGUGGCCCAAAUAACUUAUAAAGGAAAGGUUCAGGCCACUUCCAAAUCAGCCAGAAAGAUUAUCAGUCAAUACUCUGAAAUGAAAUAGUGUAAAAUAGCGCCCUAUCACUGCCCAGCUCCACCCGCUUUUGUGUUAUUCACAUCUGCCUUUUGAUCAAUUCACUAGUUUAAAAACAAUUAUAAAUGAUGUAACCUUUAUUUAACUAGGUAAGUCAGUUCAGAACAAAUUCUUAUUUACAAUGACGGCCAAACCCAAACCUGGACGACGCUGGGCCAAUUGUGCGC